CAGGUGGAGGCUGCUCUUGCAAAGGUAAUGAAGUAUGCAAAGGAGGGCGUCCACUACAACGGUGACAGCGAGUUGUCUUUGCUUCAGGACAGGGUGCCGAGGUACUUCAUAGUCGUUGUGGAUAUGAGAUCCACAAUCAUGGCAAACGGCGAGGGUUGUGUCAAAGCACGAACACUCUUGCAACGCUUCAGAGAGUCACCACAUGUACGUGUGGACAACGAUGUGGAAGACAGUGCAUACAGUCUAAAAGGAGUGGUCCAGUGGAUCUGCAGCGAAGGGAUGUGCGAAGAAGGAGACGUGGACAUGACAAUGCAGCAGGCAAGGGGAACAUAUACACCUGCGAACUUGGGCAAGUUGCUGGGCACUGUUGCACGGAAUGGUGGAAUGCUGGUUGAUGGGUCGAAGGACGAGUUGAAGAGUGAUGCUGCAGAAAUAUUGGUGUUGUCCAGAAUGAAGGACAUUACACAAACACCGCCUGGAGACUUUCAAGAUGAUUUUGUCAUUGUCGCAGAUGGUGUGGAAUAUAUUCUGCUGGAUCAACUUGUGGACUUCAUGAAAAAGAGUGACGACGAUAGGAACGUCAUCCAUGAGGCGUUGCACGAAGUGACAAAGUUUGCACUGCAGGAUCAAGAUCUGAUAGAAUUUGUGUCAGCAAUAACAGAAGACAACAUCAUAUCUAGCGGACCGUUGUGGGGGGAGUUGUUAUCAGCUGCUUUGGAGCGGCUUGGUCUUGCAAGCUGCGAUGUUGAGAGACAAAGAGAAAGAGAAGAAGGGUGGAAGGUGAUGGCCACGGAAACAAAUUUAACAAUCAUUCCAGACAACGAACAGACAUCAGCAGCACAAGAAUCAAUAACCAGUAUGGCAGUCGAUGUGCCUCCCAUGCAGACAGCAACGAGAGAGCAGCUAGUGUGUUGCGAUAUCUUCAAUGCUUUCACAAUGGAGAAAGAACAGUGUGAUCGUGGAUUUGAAGAGGCCGAUUUGGCAAGUUGUUGUGCAGAGUACACAAACAGUGUAGAAGAAGAGGAUGAGGGGGCAUCAUCUUCUGACGUGGAUGUGAGCGGCAGCGAUGUCAGCAGCGACGAGGAAGACGAGGAACAUGAUGUAUAUUAUGAUUUGAAGGCUGCGGGUGGACAAGUGACAAAAGGGUGGGCACAUGCAAUUAUGAGGUUUGCACGUGCUUUUCCCGAUCCGCACAAAGUGCAGCGUGUUGUGAUGAAGGGGCAACACCAGAUGGUGCACUACGGUAUGCCGCAGUGACCAGCAUAAUGAAAUCAUGCAACAAGG